CGCGGCGGUGUGAAUCUGUUCAGCGGGAAGCCUGUGCCGAUAUGCCGGUCGACGUGGUCACCUCGAUGCCGGCGCGCUAUCUAGCCAGGGCGCCGCCACCGCAGCCGUCGUCGCCAGAUGCGGAACAGCGGCGGUGGAGCGCCGAGAUGAUGAGCGGGCCUAUAACAUUAGUUGGGCCUGACAAGCGUCACAGCCAAGCAGUGCAGGUGAAGGUGUACCGCACGUCGCUGGAGCACUUCGCGGUGGUGUUCCCGCAGAAGAAGGUGUGCCGGCCGCUGGGCGUGGUGAACCUGCGGCACGCGACCGUGUCCCGGCCAGAGGGCGCGCCGCUCGCCUUCAGCGUACGCCACAAGGGCUGCGACGCGGCGGAUGCGAGCCUCACGUUCGUGGCGGCGACGGCGCGGGACCUGGACUCGUGGCUGGAGGCGUUCAGCCCCGCCGCCCCCUCGUCCCCCAGUGCAGCGGCCGCCGCCGCCCCCUGCCCCUUGCCUGCCGUCGCCGAGGACGAGGAGUUGUAGUCCGCCCGAGGCAUCACCCCACACUACCUGCACUACUCUCGCCCCGGUGCACAUCUGACUGCAGCCUGCUCACAACUGGAGAGUCUGCCGAGGUCCUACGUGUCGUCACGUGCGCGGGGAUGCCCCGGAUAACUCUCUAUUGCACGUGAAAGAGUCGUCGUACAACUGAUUUCCCUUUCCUUUAGCCCAUCUGUGUCGCACGAGAAGAGUGGAUCUGUGGCAGAGGGAAGGUAGCUUAUGCGAACUGUAGUCAGCCACUCACUUAUUGCAUUCCUGAGUGUAGGGACCGAGACCCGCAACAGAUACACAGCCCAGAGGAUUUGGCAAAGUGUGUAGCUUGCCACAAUUUUUUCUGCAGUCUUUCUAAAUGGGAUGUGGUGUAUCAGGGACACAAAAAAGAGCACGGAGCUGCGAAUUUGUGCAGCAAUAAUAUAAUAACUGCAGAUUAUAUCAGACUAAGAAGAGUGAGCAGUUAUUUUACAGUGUGAAAUUGAUGUAACAACAAGGCCACAGACAAUAUGCAUGUGAUGAUCGAAAAUUGAAGGAUUAUGCAGGGUGCCCCAAAAAAUCAGACAUACUUUAGGUACAGGAUACUUAAUCCAAAACACUGAGCAUUUGUUCAGUAGAUGAGAUGUGUUUACAAUAGUGAAGAUGAGCAAAUGCUCACAGCUUUUAAGGUAUACAUUUUAGAACCCAUGUUUAUUAGACAUUUUCUAGUUAAGGAACCUGUCCCUAAAGUUUGUUGACUUUUUUGGUGUACACUGGAUAUGCUCCCAUCAGGCAAUGUCUUAUUGGGUACUAUUAUUGUGUAAAUUUUACCAGUGAGAUGGUAUCUGAUUAACUUUCCAUACUCUCCAUUUGAUGAACCACUUAAUGGCAGAAACACAAAGAACAAGAACUGUUAUCUGAUACUGUAUCAAAAAAGUUUCAGUACAAAAAAUGGUUCAAAUGGCUCUGAGCACUAUGGGACUUUACUUCUGAGGACAUCAGUCCCCUAGAACUUAGAACUACUUAAACCUAACUAACCUAAGGACAUCACAAACGUCCAUACCCGAGGCAGGAUUCGAACCUGCGACUGUAUCAGUCUCAGUACAAAAACUGUUAUUUUUGUCUGAUAUUCCCUGUAUGUCUCUAAAUUUCAGUAAACUGUUCCAUUCUCAUUGUACAAGUAAUCAUAGACCUUUAUUACAUGAUCAUAAAGGAACACCAAAACUAAAUUUAAUAGGCCAUUUAACUCAACUCAAGAAAUGGUAAAUACCAAAAAUGUUACUGUGGCACUGGAAAACACAGCAAGGGGAAGAUUCAUGACCUGCACUUCUGUAGUUCUGGUAAGAUAAUUCGUAUAUAUGUGGUCCUAUUGUUCACUCUGUCCCCCACCUCAGGAAUGCUCUGAACUGACCUUUUACGAAGUGCUGCGACAAAAAAAUCUGAAGGUGGUAUAAGGCAGAGUCGUAUCUCAUUGUUAGUGCAGCAGAGAGGCAGUUACUUCAGAUUUCACAAUAAGACAAAAAUGCUGCAAGUACCUACUGAAGGAGGUUGUAAACUGAUUCAAGUGUUUAUCAAAGAUGUGUGCUUCCAUACUGAACUGCAUUUGAAACACUGUUCAUUUCAUUCAGAUAAGAUUAUGUGGAUGACAUAUCUUAAAAAUGUGUCUAAUGUAUCUUGAAUUCUGUAAAUGGUUCUGAGAAAAUGUUUGUCAUUAACACUCACUAUAGUAUAUUGUAAUAUAAUCUUAUAGCUUCAUCCAAUUUUCGUGAUGUGCAAGUUCCAGAUCUUUGAAUGGUGAACUUGGCAUGUUAGCACUGACAAAGGUCUCCCCCUUUAACUCUUUAGUUGACAUUCAUUAUUAAUACCAGCCAAUAGAAGUGAAAUGAUAUAUUUAUUGAAAACCUUUCACAAUUUCUGAGAGUAAUUUUGAAACAAUAUGUCUGUGAGUUAUUCAGAUCAGACCAAAUUCCAAUCUCAUCAUCAUUUUGCUACUGUAACAUUUGACUUAACUUGUGGAGUCCCCAGCAUUUUUCAAGUAAAACCUUACAGCAGUGUUAAAAGUUAUUUCUGUCAAAUGCAAGUUCAUGUUAAACAAUGCAGUUAAUCUGUAACUCUUUGUGCUGACUACGACCAAACCACUAGUAACUCUGAUGUAGUGUUUCAUUUUGUAUAAAAUACUCUUGGUACAACACUAAGUUAAAUAGUAAAAUGAUCUAUAUACUAUACAUGUAUCAGUCAGUACUGUUUAUUUUGGAAGUCACUUUUUCAUAGAUUAUACAAAAAGAAAUGUAUAUAGCAUUUAUAUGAGGAGACUAAUUUUAUAGUUGAAAAUCUCCCGACCAAAACAGGUAUGUUUUCUAUAGGAACAAUAUUUUCUGUAAAUUUUCGACCAAUGUAGGUACAUUUCUACAUGACUGAUGUUUUCUCUCUACUAACUUGAGUAUAUAGGAAGGGUACAGUUAUUCUAUUGUACAUAAACAAAUUCUGUAGGUUGAUCACAUGCAUGUUCCUCUGUAAGGUUUCAGACUUCUAUUCGAAGGUGAAUUCAAGUUACGUUGACAAUGCAUAAAUUGUAUAAAUUUAAUUUGUAUGCUAUUGGGAUGCAACCAAAUAUCUGAUGCUUUCUCACUAAUACAUAUACACUUUUGAACUUCAGUGCAGUUAAGUAAUUUUUACAAUUUUUUGUAAUUUAUAUUCAGCAAUUUUCCACUAUCAUUUGUGUUUGAUGCAGUACUUCAUUGCUGUGAUUUGUACUGUUUUAGUUUAUUAGCACUUCACAUGAAUACAAACAUGUGGUCUGUCUGUGAUAAUUAUUUUUAUAGAUUAUUUAUCAUUAUGUUGAAGUAGUUUUGAUAUUUCAUGUUUCUGUAGCAAUCCUCAGUGGGCUGUCUUUCUUUGUGGUGUAUGGAAUUUCUUGUCUUGCUUGUAAUAAUGUCAUCAGUAUUUGAUUUUUUGACUGUUAUGUGUGAGAGUUAUUUCUGCCACUGAAAGUUAAAAUUUUGUUAAAUUUAUGCCAAAGACUAUUUUUGUUGUUUAUUUAUUGACUUCACUGUGUGUUUUGACCUUUAGCAGUCAACUUUAUACUUCAGUGAACACUUGAAUGUGUGAUUGUUUGUGUAAUGUGAAUUUUAUGGUGUAUGUCUUAUGUUUGUGAAAACUUGUGCUUUUUAUUGUGUAAUAUAUGUAUCUGUUUGUCAUUAAAUCUGUAUCAAAAACAAUUAUGUUUUCAUUAAACUUUAAAUACAGGAUUGGAACUCAAAUAUAUGAAAAAAUUUCAUUGAUAACAUUUUGUACCUCUGUCCAUUCCAAAAG